AUGAAGCGUAGCAAGCAUCGUGCCUCCAAGGAUGAUGGCAAAGGUCAAGAUGAACCGGCCAUUCUUGAGACCGAGGAUAUGAGGAUGCCAGACCCGGAUACCAUCUCACUAGCAUCAGUAACUGCUGUCACAACCAAUGUCUCCAAUAAGAGAUCAAAGCCUGACAUCAAGAUUGAACCUAGUGCUGGAAGACCAAUGGAUUUCCAAGUUAGUGUCACUGUUAUCGAGGCUAGACAGCUGGUGGGAUUGAACAUGGAUCCAGUGGUGUGUGUGGAAAUUGGUGAUGAUAAAAAAUACACUUCAAUGAAGGAGUCGACCAACUGCCCUUACUACAAUGAGUAUUUCGUUUUCGACUUCCACGUUCCUCCUGACGUCAUGUUUGACAAGAUCCUGAAAAUAUCAGUUAUUCACUCCAAGAAUCUUUUGCGAAGUGGCACACUGGUUGGGAGCUUCAAGCUUGACGUGGGCACAGUAUAUACACAACCUGAACAUCAAUUCUUCCACAAGUGGGCCACUUUAUGUGAUCCUGAUGACAUCACUGCAGGAUUAAAAGGUUACGUCAAGUGUGACAUUGCAGUUGUUGCAAAGGGUGACACAAUCAAAACUCCACACAAAGCAAAUGAAAGAGAUGAGGAUGACAUUGAGGGUAACCUUCUGUUGCCGGAAGACGUCCCAGCUGAGCGGCAGUGGGCAAGAUUUUAUGUCAAAAUAUACAGAGCCGAGGGGUUACCCAAAAUGAACACCAGCAUUAUGGCAAAUGUCAAAAAAGCUUUCAUUGGAGAAAAUAAGGACUUGGUUGAUCCUUAUGUCCAAGUGCUAUUUGCAGGACAGAAGGGAAAAACUUCAAUUCAGAAGAGCAGCUAUGAGCCGAUCUGGAAUGAGCAGGUCGUUUUCACCGAGCAGUUUCCACCACUGUGCCGGAGAAUGAAACUCCAGAUCCGCGAUUCAGAUAAAGUGAACGAUGUGGCCAUCGGAACGCACUUCAUUGACCUGCGGAAGAUUGCUAAUGAUGGAGACAAAGGCUUUCUUCCAACUCUGGGCCCGGCUUGGGUCAACAUGUAUGGUUCCACACGCAGUUACACGCUCAUGGAUGAGUACCAGGACCUGAAUGAAGGACAAGGGGAAGGGGUGUCGUUCCGGGCUCGUCUGCUGAUCAGUCUGGCUGUAGAGAUACUGGACACCUCCUCUCCUGAAGUAAUGACCUCCACCGAGGUACAGGUGGAGGGGAUAUCCAACAUCUCAGAUAAUGCCACGGGAAAAAUUGAGGAAUUCUUCCUCUUUGGAUGUUUCCUUGAGGCCACUAUGAUUGACAGGAAGAUUGGAGACAAACCCAUCAACUUUGAGGUUACAAUAGGAAACUACGGCAGUGACCUUGAUACUCCAACCAAGCCAAAAACAAAGAAGAAGAAGGGUGGUGAUGGCGAUGAAGAGUCUGAGCUCAUUCAGGGCUCGAGCGACGAGGAGGUGGAUGAUGGUGAAGACAUCUCUUCAGUUUCCUCCACCCCUCCAAUGAAACCAGUCAUCACCGACAGAAACUAUUUCCACCUCCCCUACUUUGAGAGGAAGCCCUGCAUCUUUAUCAAGAGCUGGUGGCAGGACCAAAGAAGACGGCUUUAUAAUGCGAACAUCAUGGACAACAUUGCAGACAAAUUGGAAGAAGGGUUAAAUGAUGUGCAGGAGAUCAUUAAAACAGAGAAGGCCUAUCCUGAGCGCAGACUCAGAGGAGUCCUGGAGGAGCUCAGCAACGGCUGCAGUACCUUUGUAACUUUGGCAAACAAUGACCAGAAUCAGGCCGGGAAGACUAAACUGGACAGGGAGAGGGUGAAAUUAUGCAUGCAGGAACUGGAAAAUAUGGGCCAGCAAGCAAAGACCAUGCGGUCACAAGUGAAGAAAAGCAACGUGAAAGACAAAAUAAAACUUGCACAAAACUUCCUCCACAAGCUGAGAUUCUUGUCCGAUGAGCCACAACAUAGCGUUCCAGAUAUUUACAUAUGGAUGAUAAGCAACAACAAACGCAUUGCAUAUGCCCGCGUUCCCUCCAAAGACAUCCUCUUCUCUUCUGUCGAGGAAGAAACCGGAAAGGACUGUGGGAAGGUCCAGACAAUCUUUUUUAAGCUUCCUGGUAAGAAAAGUUUUGGACCUGCAGGCUGGACCGUUCAGGCUAAAACUGAGCUGUACCUGUGGCUCGGCCUGAGCAGGCAGCGCAAAGACUACUUGAACGGGCUGCCUAAUGGCUUUGAGGAGAACAGGGCAGUAAAAGGGCCUGGCAUACAGUCCUCGCCCCCCAUCAGCCUGAUGUACACCAUGAAGCAGAUCUUCCAGCUGAGGGUUCACAUGUAUCAGGCUCGAAGUCUGUUUGCGGCAGACAGCACAGGCCUGUCAGACCCGUUUGCCAGGGUUUUCUUUUCUACUCACAGUCAAGUCACAGAGGUCCUAAAUGAGACGUUGUGUCCUACAUGGGAUCAGCUGCUGGUGUUCGAUAAUGUGGAGCUCUAUGGCGAGGCUGGCGAACUGAGAGACGAUCCUCCUAUAAUCGUCAUCGAGAUCUAUGACCAGGACACUGUUGGAAAAGCCGACUUCAUGGGUAGGACAUUCGCUAAACCUAUAACCAAGAUGUCAGAUGAGCAUUACGGGCCGCCACGCUUCCCUCCUCAACUGGAGUACUACCAGAUCUACCGUGGAAACGGCACUGCAGGAGAAAUGCUGGCUGCCUUUGAACUGCUACAGAUUGGACCAGCUGGAAAAGCCGACCUGCCUCCAAUAGAUGGACCUACAGAUAUCGAUCGUGGUCCAAUCCUGCCUGUUCCUAUUGGCAUAAGACCCGUCUUGAGUAAAUACCGAAUUGAGGUUCUCUUCUGGGGCCUGAGGGACUUGAAGCGGGUGAACCUGGCUCAAGUUGACCGUCCCCGCGUGGACAUCGAGUGUGCAGGGAAAGGCAUUCAGUCAGCGCUCAUUCAGAACUACAAGAAAAACCCCAACUUCAGCACUCUGGUUAAGUGGUUUGAAGUGGACCUGCCUGAGAACGAGCUUCUCCAUCCCCCUCUGAACAUUCGGGUGGUGGACUGCCGGGCGUUUGGCCGUUACACGCUGGUCGGCUCUCAUGCCGUCACAUCUCUACGCAAAUUCAUUUACAGGCCGGCGGACAAGAGUGUCAACAGCUGGUCUGCUAUGGAGGAGGUCGUGAUCCACACAGAGCCAGAACCUGCCGUGAAGAAGAUUGAGACAGUGGUCAAACUUGACUCGGCGUCUGAUGCUGUGGUUAAAGUUGAUAUGCCAGAUGAUGAGAAAGGUGGGAAAGGGAAAAAGAAGCGCAAGAAGGGUGAAGAGGUUGAAGAGGAGGAACUGGAUGAAAGCAUGCUGGACUGGUGGUCCAAAUACUUUGCCUCGAUUGAAACACUGAAAGAGAUCAUUAAAGCACAAGAAGCAGAAGCUGAAGAGAAGGAAGAGUUUGACUCUGGAGAGGGAACCAAGAAGAAGAGAGGAAAGGGAAACAAGAACAAAGCCAUGCCUGGGGAGGGUGCACCAGAGAAGAAGAGGCACAAAAUAGAAGAGCUGAAGGUGUACAACAGAGAGCUUGAAUACGAGUAUGACACCUUUGAAGAUUGGCUUCACACCUUUAACCUGUAUCGAGGGAAGUGUUCUGAUGAUGCUGAUGUUGAGCAGAAUGCAGCAGAUGAAGACAGACUUAUUGGCAAAUUCAAGGGCUCCAUGUGUAUCUACAAAGUCCCUGUAUCAGAUGAGGUGUAUAGAGAAACGGGAUUUGAUUCCAACAUGGGCAUGUUCCAGAACAUUCCACAUAACGAUCCGAUUAACGUCCUCGUCCGGGUCUAUGUCGUCAGGGCAACAGAUCUGCAUCCCGCAGACAUCAAUGGGAAGGCCGACCCAUAUAUCGCCAUCAAGCUCGGAAAGUCAGACAUCAAGGACAAAGAGAACUACAUCUCUAAACAACUCAACCCUGUUUUUGGAAAGUCAUUUGAUAUUGAAGCGACACUCCCAAUGGAUUCUACCCUCACUGUGUCCAUCUACGAUUGGGAUUUGGUGGGAACCGAUGACCUGAUUGGGGAGACGAAGAUUGACUUGGAGAACCGUUACUACAGCAAACACAGGGCAAUAUGUGGUAUCAGCUCCGGCUAUGCAAUUCAUGGCUAUAAUGUGUGGAGAGACCCAUUGAAGCCAACGCAAAUCCUUGCCAAACUCUGCAAAGAUGGAAAAAUGGAUCCGCCCCAGUACGGCCCAGGAGGAAGAGUGAAAGUUGCGAACAGAGUUUACACAGGACCAACUGAACUUGAGGAUGAAAAUGGACUGAAGAAACAGACGGACGAGCACCUGGCUCUGGCUGUACUAAACCGCUGGGAAGAAAUUCCACGAAUAGGCUGCAAGCUGGUUCCAGAGCACGUGGAGACAAGGUCUCUCCUGAAUCCUGAUAAACCUGGGAUUGAGCAGGGGAGAAUUGAGAUGUGGGUGGACAUGUUCCCGAAGGAUAUGCCUGCACCGGGACCAGCUAUUGAUAUUUCACCUAGGAAGCCAAAGAAAUUUGAGCUCAGGGUGAUCGUGUGGAACACAGAUGAAGUCGUUCUGGAGGACGAUGACAUUUUCACAGGGGAAAAAUCGAGUGACAUAUUUGUUAGAGGAUGGCUGAAAGGCCAACAAGAAGACAAGCAGGACACAGACGUCCACUAUCACUCGCUGACCGGAGAGGGCAAUUUCAACUGGCGCUUUAUUUAUCCCUUCGACUACCUACAGGCCGAAGAGAAGAUCGUCAUCUCAAAGAAAGAGUCCAUGUUUUCUUGGGAUGAGACUGAGUAUAAAAUUCCUGCCCGACUGAAUUUGCAAGUGUGGGACGCAGAUCAUUUCUCUGCAGACGACUUCUUGGGUGCAAUCGAACUUGACCUGAAUCGAUUUCCUCGAGGUGCAAAGACAGCAAAGCAGUGCUCCAUUGACAUGGUCCUUAAUGAGCAAGAUAUGCCCAUGGUCAACCUCUUCAAACAGAAGAGAAUUAAAGGCUGGUGGCCGUUUGUGGCACGAGAUGAAAAUGAUGAGUUGGAAAUUACAGGAAAAGUAGAAGCAGAGCUUCACCUGCUGACAGGUGAGGAGGCAGAGAAGAGUCCUGUUGGCGAAGGACGCAAUGAACCAGAGCCUCUAGAGAAACCAAACCGUCCUGACACAACCUUCCUGUGGUUCCUUAGUCCUCUAAAGGCAAUCCGCCAUCUCGUCUGCAACCAAUACAAGUGGCUAGUCAUCAAAAUCGUGUUGGCGCUGUUGAUAUUAGCAAUGCUGGGCUUGUUUCUGUACAGUAUGCCAGGUUACAUGGUGAAAAAGCUUCUAGGUGCUUGAAAAGCUUUCCCAAAGCCUGCAAUAUUUGAUAUUAUUUCAUUAUUUCACCUGGAAUGAUGUAUUUGUUUGUUGAAGUCAUUUGUUAAAAAUCAUUACUGUUUUAAUGGGCAAAGCCCAACUGAGAACAAAGUUCAUCAAACUCUGACUUUUUUGGGAAACGCUAUAAAAGCAUUUGCAGUUUUGGCUUUUCAAAUUUUAAGUGUUACUUUCCAUCCAUAGUUGUUAGCUGUUUGUGUUUCAAAAAACGUACAAAAUCUACAAACAUGUAGUUGUCUCAUUUGUCUGCAUAGCCAAUGCUGAUGUAAAAUGUUUUUUUGUUUUUUUUAUCAAUUCAUUUGUUUUGGGGCUUAUCAGAUUGUUGGAAGUUAUUUCUUCACUGAAAGAUGUGUUAUUGUGUGCUUUGGCUGCUACUAAUAAAUCAACAAUAAAAAAAAAAUAAAAAAACGAAAUGAAACGUGCAUUUUAUUUAUUAACAUUUGGUUAAAAUCUUGCCACUUUUCAUGCUACAUUUUCUGCACAUAUACUCAAAUCAAUCCAAUCGUGAAUUACCAAUAUUUUGCAAUAAACAGGCACAUUUAAAAUCCAUUUGUAAGCAUAAAUUGAACAGCCAUCUUUGUAUUCCAUUAGAGAUUCAACACUCAGGUUUUGUUGAACAGCUACUCAAACACUCGAGCCCGUGCAUGAGCACUAAUGUGCACCAUUACACAUGAAGGCAUUAAUUACUCCUCUGAACCUGCCAAAAGUGCAUGCCAUCAGUGAGACAUGUAAAAAUUGUCUAUGUCCACAAUAUUUAAAAGCUUGUUCAAUGGUUUUGUCCCACCAGCCGCCCUGACAUUGCAUUGCUGUGGUUCCUUAGCCCGCUAAAGGCCAUCCGCCAUCUCAUCUGCAACCAAUACAAGUGGCUGGUCAUCAAAAUCGUGUUGGCACUGUUGAUAUUAGCAAUGCUGGGCUUGUUUCUGUACAAUAUGCCAGGUUACAUGGUGAAAAAGCUUCUAGGUGCUUGAAAAGCUUUCCCAAUGCCUGCAAUAUAUAUUACUUCAGUGUUAUUUCACCUGGAAUGAUGUAUGUUUGUUUGUUGAAGUAUAUAUACUUAUUUUGUUAAAAAAUCAUUACUGCAUUAAUGGGCAAAGGCCAACUGAGAACAUAAAGUUCAUACAUUUUUGGGAAUAUUUGCAGUUUUGGCUUUUCAAAUUUUAAGUGUUACUUUCCAACCAUAGUUGUUAACUCUGUGUUUCAGAAAACAUACACAAUCUAAAAACAUGUAGUGGUCUCAUUUCUUCUGCAUGUCCAGUGCUGAUGUAAAAUGUUUUUUUUUUUAUAUCCAUUCGUUUCUGGGGUUAUCAGAAUGUUGGAAGUUAUGUCUUCACUGAAAAAUGUGUUAUUGUGUGCUUUGGCUGCUACUAAUAAAUCAAUAAUAAAAAACGAAACAUGCAUUUUAUUUAUUAACAGUUGGCGAAAAUCAUUUCAUGCUACAUUUUCUGCACCUAUACUCGAGAACCAACUCCUGUCUAUUCAAUAUUUUACAAUAAACAGGCACAUUUAAAAUCCAUUUGUGAGCAUAAAUUGAACAGCCAUCUUUGUUCUCCAUUAGUGAUUCAACACUCAAGUUCUAGGCGGUUUCAUUGAACAGCUACUCGAGCCCGUGCAUUAGCACUAACGUGCACUAUUACACAUGAAGACAUUUUAAUUAUUGCUUUGAACCUGCCAAUAGUGCAUGCCAUCAAUGAGACAAAUGUAAAAAUCAUCAAUGUUCACAAUUUUUAAAAGCUUGUUCAAUGGUUUUGUCCCACCAGCCGCCCUGACAUUGCAUUGCUGUGGUUCCUUAGCCCGCUAAAGGCCAUCCGCCAUCUCGUCUGCAACCAAUACAAGUGGCUGGUCAUCAAAAUUGUGUUGGCACUGUUGCUUCUGGCCAUUCUGGCACUGUUCCUCUACAGUAUGCCUGGCUAUAUGGCCAAGAAACUCCUGGGGGUCUGAGAGGAGAAAACAGUAGAUUCAUUUAGUAGCUUAAUGGAAUACUUCGCCCAAAAAUGAAAAUGAUCCCAUGAUUUACUCACCCUCAAGCCAUCCUAGGUGUACAUGACUUUCUUCUUUCUGAUGAACACAAUCAGAGAUAUAUAAAAAAAAAAAAAAAAAAAAAAAAAAUCCUGGCUUUUUCAAGCUUUAUAAUGGCAGUGAAUGGUGCCAUUUUUUGGAAGCCCAAAAAAGUGCAUCCAACCAUCAUAAGAGAAUAUACGGCUCCAGGGGGUUAAUAAAGGCCUUCUGAAGUGAAGCGAUGGGUUUUUGUAAGAAAAAUAUCCAUAUUUAUAACUUUAGAAACUAGAAUCGCUGGCUUCCAUCCGUGAGUUGAUUCCAGUGGAAGAGUGACCUCUGACCCAAUGCAUGAUGUAUUGAUGAAUGCAGAAGGGCAGAGGAUAGAGCAAAACAAAACACCGGUCACAAAAUGAGUCUAAAAUGAGAAAAUGAGAGGAGCUUGAGUUUGUUGCCCAGCCCUAUUUGUUUAAACCAUAAGAAGUGUCUACUCGUACGCCGGAACUCAACUCUCUCGUGAACACACAUACAGCUGUUACCAGAAGCUAGUGAUUAUAGUCUAUAAAGAU